GAGACGAAAAUUGGUUUUAAACUAAAUUCAAGUUGAGGGUCUUAAAACCGAAUUCUACACAAGUGCUAUGUUUGCAUACCUUCGGUUUUCAAUUUAAUUACUUAGCAAUUGAACUUCAAAAUUACCAAAUUUCAUACAUAUAUCCCACAUAUCAUGAGGAACAUGUUCUAUGAAGAAAGAUUUCUAAAAUUCAAUCGUUUUACCCCUUGAUGCCCGUAUUAAACAGAAGUCCCUCACUCAAAACCUGUUUUUGGAACUUCCACUACUUUGAUCCAAUAUCACUUCUAUCUCCCUUAUUUGGUCUCCAACAUGCUUAUAUCAUGCAAUAGCAUGAUUUAUGGAGCUCUUGCUCAUUAUUCUUCAAAUCAUCAUAAUCUACCUCUGAGAUUCUUUCUCUAAACUCAAAGAAAAAGAAGAUGAAGACAUCUUACCCUUAGAUAGUCCUUCUAGUGAAUUCUAGCUUCCCAAAACCUUGUACUAGACCAAUGGAGCUUCCAAAAAUUCAUGGGGAAGCUGGUGGAAAUGAUAGAUUGUGCUAAUGGUGGUGUUAGGAGAAGGAAGAGCAAGAAGGAAGAGGGGAAGAUGGAUGAGAAUGGUGCUGGAAAUUUCUAGCACCUCCCUCUCACUUUUAACUUAGGUAACCUAAUUCGUUCCUUUUGCGCCACGACUCCCGCUUUGGAGCGUAGAAACGCGGAUCGGAAUGGGAGUGCCCAAAAUUCUCUAAUCCAUUUAUGCUAGAGCGCGAACUAACUUACUAUCAGCGAAGUGUGAAUUUCCUUUUGCUCAAUGUUUAUUCCGCCCAAUGCUGACUCGGCCAGAGUUUUCGUUGCUUUGUUAGUGUUAUUUGACAUUGUUGGUUGAGGUGGUGAUUUGGCGGAGGCGGUGGUGGCCAAGCUGGAUGGCGGGUUUCGGAGUUCGGGGACAUAGCGCUAGUCUCAAAUGAAGCCUCAUCUUAUCACGCCGCCAACGCUAGUAUCAUAUGAAAUCUUCAUCGGGAAACCGUGACAAUUAUCGUUUUCCGCCAAUUUUGGCUACUUCCAGCCACCCAAAUCCAAAACUAAUACUAGACCCACUCUUCUCUCUUCUGGCCGCACCUUCGCUGAGAUUUUGUAGAGAUUUAGGCUCGAUUUUUCCGGUGAGGAGAUUUCUGACGAUCUUCCGACGAAGCUCUAGCUAGCCUCUUUUCGUAGUUUUUUGUGCAUUUUUCGACUCCCUCUCGCUCUCCUCACCUUACCCUUCGAGGCAUAUUAUCAUAUUGGGAUCUUAAGUGUGUGUGUUUUGGGGGGGGGGGGGGGGAUUCUUUUUCUACCCAUUGAUUUGUGAUUGAUGAAGUGUCUCCGCGUAUGGUGUAUGGUUUGGAUGUUUUUGAAGGAUGGCGGAUAUCGCCCACCCGUACAUUGGCUACUUCGUGAAUCAUCAGAAGUACAGGGAUAGGUUCGAAGAGUGGAAGAACAAUGAUGCGGGACCUCAUUGGUUCUUGGUCCUAGAUAUUUUCACCAUGUUUAGGUGCCGAGCGGCGAUGUCUGAGGUGCUCAUACAUCCCCAGUGACGGAGUCUGUUAUCUAUGGACGAGCUCAUGUCCACCUUUAUCUACGAGAUACCCAACAGAAGAAGGAACAUGCCAUAUGUGGAGUUUAUGAUGGGAGGUCAGCAUCAUGUGUUGACCUAUGAAGGAUUUGCUCAGGCCAUGGGCCUUGACACCACAACCAAGACGAUGACAGAGCGGCAGUGCACCAGAUUCUUCCAUUACCAAGAGGCCCAUAGUGCUAUUUGUCGGUCAGAGCAUCGAGAGCAGCAAAUUCGGGCUUCCAACACCAAUGUUGUGAAGUUUAGGAGACCGUGGAGGAUCUUGCAUACACUCCUCACUCGGUCGGUGAUCCCCAGUCUUUAGUCGGGGCACAUGGUCACCAACGAGGGGUUGAUUUCCCUCCAUACAUUGAGUCGACCCACAAGACCAUUUCAUCUAGGAUCUGUGGUGACUACCACCUUAUCGAGAGUGCUAGGUCGAGACCGAGUAGACACGAUGCAAGUGUGGGGCAUCAUCACGAGGAUUGCCCAAAAUUUUAGGGUCGGCACUACGGGCUGUGCCAUUAUUGGCCGGACACAGUCUUUUCCAGUAGAGACCUUGCAUAGCAUGAAGUUGGUUUAGAAAGAGCAGAGAGUGGAGUACCUUGAGGGACUCCAACCUUCGGCUCCACUAAGGCCGCAUGUGGAGCCUACAUCGGUGGAGCCCGAUCUAGCAGAAGUUCCACCUGCUCAGCCACGCCAUCACCUCCUUCAGCACCUCUGCACCACCACCAUCGUCUUUAUCGGCUGAAGUUGGUCCUUCCACAUACGUAGUCCACCUCGAGGAUCUAGUCACUCGCCUCGAGGAGCAGUUCACAGGAGUCCCCACGUGGUUGGAUAGAUCCAACACUCUUCUGGAGCGGAUGGCUCAACAACAGGGAGUCUUGUCUGAAGACGAUGAGUGAUCACAACUCGAGCGAGGUAGUCGACUGAGUGAGACAUGUGGCAGAGUCAAUUUCUUUCUCCCACUUCUCCACUGGAAACUCUAAAAUUUGUUAUUUUCUUUUCUUUAGUGUGUGAACAAGUACUAUUGUGGGCUUUUCUUUUGAUUAAACGUGAUGUUGAAUAUUGUUAUGUGAAAUACCCUCACCUUGAACGAGAAUGUGUGUGUGUUUUGUGUGUUUAAUUCUUCUCUUUGAAGCUCAAAUCCCCUACCCCAGAACAUUUCCAACUUUCACUUGCCAAUGGUUCGGUAACUUCUUCACCCUACCUUUUUUUAUCCAUUGAGGGAAAUGUCGUGCUUAAGUGUGGGGGGAGGGGGGGUGUAUCAUUUGUGAUUGGCAUUUGAUUUUGUGAGUGAAUGCUUGAUCAAAGUGACUGGUUGGUGGGAGAAUCUCGUGUUUAUUGGCAUUGACCUUGAAUUGAUUGCUUGUGAUUGAGUGCAUCCAAUUAUGAUGAUUGAUAAGUGUAUAAGGUUGGUGCAAGUGUUUAGUUUUCAUAUGUGUGCAAAUGAAUGGAUGUCUUGACUUGAUUAAUCCUUGAUUGCAAUUGCCAUGCAUCGAAAUUUGUGAAAAUUGGAAUAAAUGAUUGGGUGAUUAGGUAGCCAUGUGAGUUUUGUGCCGAUCAUCUUCUUUAUGUGUGAUAGAUCCCUCUUACCAUGGCGAGUAACAUUCACCGUUGUCACUAAUGAGUAUGAUGGAGGCAUAGGAUUAGUCCAUGCCCAAAAGUUGAUUAUCCCGAAACAUCUUAUUCCCUAGUCAACCCCUUUACCCGUGUGACUUUAGGGUCGCUCUCUUGUUAGGAGCUUGUUGCUUUUUGCGCUUAAUGGUGAUUGAUAGAACGACUCUAUCAUUUCUUCAUGUCUAAACCGUUGCGAGUCAUCCUUGUGUCUCAGAGUUCUGGUUUUCGAACUCCAUUGCGGUUCUACAUAGAUGGAUUUUGCACGAUUCUUGCUAGGAAUGGAAAGGUAGUGUUGGAGGAAUUUCUUAAUAGAUAGCAUUGUUCGUAAGUGUUAAAGUGGCAUGUGUUUAGCUCUCUAAUACCCCCCUCAGAAAAAAGAAAAAAAAGAAAAGGAAAGUAGAAGAAAGAUUCAAAAAAGAGGUAAUAAACGGGGUAAAUAAAAGAUAGAGAGUUGCCAUAAGAAAUUAUGUGUUUUCUCUAGAAAGGGUUUCUUGACACCGAAGCCAUUGAAACACCUAAUUUCUUGUUGACUUCCUUCACUACUAUGAUUGAAAUAUGGAUAGUAAGAUUAGUCGAGGAAGUGUGCUUGAAUGUAGUUGGUGGUUGGUGAUGGUUUGGAAGAAGGGAAGUGUGUUUUUUUGGCUUUUGCUAGUGGUCGGUGCUUGUAGGAGAAGGUCCCAAUUGAAAUCAUAGGACCUUGUGUUGGUUUUAGGUGAAGACGUGGAACCUCAUGCUAUGUUUUCCACCACUCGAAAAGACUUUUCCCAAUGUCCAAGACCCUUGCCAGUCAUUUGAACCCGUGUCUAAGACCUAUAGACAAGCUAGUGAUGACAACCAUUUCGUGAACUCUAGCAUUUAAAGGUUUCUGCCAUGGUGAAGAGACGACAGGGCCGAGUGUUGGUUUUUCACAUAUUUUGCACCAAUUGUCCCAACCCCACUAGUCGAGAGUGAGUGAUUCAUUCAUGUUUUGCAUGUUCAUAUCUUAUCCCGGUGAGGACCUAUGUGACCCAUUCAUUUGUUCCUUGGACUUGAAAUCUAUCCAUGGUUAGUUGCGGUUGGUUAGUAGACUUGUCGAGACUUGUAUUGAUUGGCUAACAAGGUGAGAACUUUUCAUUUUCACGUUCUUAAUGCAUUCGAAUGUCGUUUGUGGUGAAUGUCGGUAUUGCUUGUAACGGUUCAUAUGUGAAUGUCGGUUCUAUUUGUACAAUUUUUACAUCCUUUAUCCUUAGAUGUUUGAGGUACUUAUACUCUGUGAGGUUCGAUUUUACGCUAGGUUGUGGUUGUUUUUAGUAUGUUUCAGAUCCUAGCAGGUGAAAUCAACCCAUAGAACGGAAGUUGGAUGAAAAGGGGCGGAAACUGGUCAAAAGGGAGCAACAACAGUAAUUCACUGUGGAGGUCAGAGGUUCACGAUCAUCCAGACCGCGAAGAGGAAGCAUAGGCCGUGAAGAUCGAGGAGUUCAUAAGGGUUUUGUCCAUCUCGCGGGCAUAAACUAGUUCACAGUCACUCAACCGUGAAGACCAUCUCCCGACCGUGAAGCACCUUAAUGAAAUGGCGCAUUUUGCUCGACAUUACCGUCUGAGCCAGAUGUUUACGGCCGUGAACUGGGACCAUGAGACAUUGUCGAUCUGGGUAUAUAAAGGGGGCUUAUCUGUAGGAGAAACGAGUGAGAAACCUAGUGAGAGAGACUUCUUCUUCUUCAGAUUUAUAGAGUGAGAAAGUGACAAACAAGAGGAUAAGAGAAGUUAGGGUUUCAUCCAAAAGCUAGGAUUUGGGAAUUUCUUCCUCCAAGGUUGAUCUCCACACCAAAAGGAAGAAGGCAAACAUCUCCUAGAUGGUUUUCUCUCUUCUCCCUCUACUUAGCAUGGAGUAGACUUUUCUUUCACUUGGGUAUUUGUAAACCCUAGCUACAUUUAUGUGAAUGUUUGUAUGGAUUGAAAGACUUGUGUGUGGUUGUGUUUUAAUACAAGUUAUGAGGUAUUGUCAGGAAGAUUGUGUGUGUUCUUGCAUUUCCAAUUCUUAUGCCAUUUUGACCUAGUUAGAGAUAAAAUCCCCUUCUUGUUAAGAGGCUUGUAAAAGCUAGAAUUCCUUGGCCAAUUGUUUCACCUACCUAGGUUGAAUUAGGGCAAACAUCUUAAUACGUAUUAGCACCUUUGGUAGGUUCCAAUUUGGUUGUCUGAGUUAUAGUUCGAGGGUGAAGUCUAAGCAACCCUUGGUCGAUUGGGCCAAGAGAGCUACCUUGGUAGUUUGAUUUGAUAUCGCUUGGCCUAGUGACCGAGAGAGUGACGGUUGUUCACUUGUUGCAGUUCCCUACGAUUUACAACCAACUUUACCACACAUUUCAUUCGAUCCAACAAAUCAUGAUUUUUAGCUAGGGGGAGAAACACCCAGGUGAAGCCUUCUCAAUUAGUGUUCACACCAUUUACUUUUCCAAUAAUUUUAGUUAUAGAUCGUAGUUUUAACAAAGAACUUAUUGGUAGAUAAUGUUUCAAACAAUCGAAGUAGGGGUACAUGGACCGGCCAGGGUUUGACUUUUAAAACAUACUUGUCCUAUAUUGCACCCGGUUAAGGUUGAUACUUGGAUUUUAAUUGGGGUUUUUAUGUGAUAUUUGGGACGAGUCAAGUUUUUCAGCGAAUUAGUUUUCAAAUGUUCCUUUGGCUUUCAUCUGCUGGACUAAUUUCAAAGAACUAGAGGGAGGAAUGGUUGGGAAGCCUUCAAAGAUCGGUUCCUUUUGUGCACAACUUUUGAAUCAAAUUUGAAUCACUAGGCAUCAAAAGUUUACACAUCUUCAAAUUUGUCCAUCUUGUACUACUAUGGCUAUUUGAACUUUAAUUUGUAGGAGAGCAUUCUGGUGGUCAAAACAUGGCUAGUGGAUAUCACCAACCCUGAUGUACACCCUUGGAUAAUGGGGUUUCUGUGCAGUAGGUGGAAGAGAAGGUUAGUCUGUAGGGGUGGGCAAUCUGUAUGCUCGAACUACACCACACCGCAGUCAUCUAAACCGCAGCACACCGUUAUUAUAGGGACAAUACCGCAUUUGGACCGCAACCAUAUCGAUGUGAUGAAACCAGACCACAUAAAUAUGCGAUUUCAGUGUGGUCUAGACCCUAACCCUUCUAUUUGCUCCAUCGGGGGCAAUGUCUUGCUUAAGUGUGAGAGGCGGGUGUACAUAUCUUUGUGAUUGGUGCGUGAAUAAUGAGGGUGAAUGGCCUAUUUGAAAGUGCUGGAGCCUUGUGAUUGCAAAAUUUCUACAAUUUGAGGCUCCAAUCACUUGUGCACGAAUGAAUGAUGAAUGGUUGA